CCAUAGAGGCAUGAAGGCUCCAUGCUGAAUAUCGCCUCAGGAUGACAUCAUCAGGCCCCGCCCUUCGCCCCGUCUAUCUAAAUGGUCCCUCUGCCCUGUGGCCCCGCCUCCUGCUGCCUCUGUGGGUGUGGAUCGGUGAGCCGGGGGUCCAGGUGAGGGCCUCCCACCAGCACAUCCUCCCCCACUCCAUAAAGUUACCUGGUGACAUCACCCUGGGGGGCUUGUUCCCCAUCCACUCCCGCGGCCCCCACGGGGUGAACUGCGGUGAGCUGAAGAAAGAGAAGGGGAUCCACCGCAUGGAAGCCAUGCUGUACGCCCUGGAUCAGAUCAACAGUGACCCUGAUCUGCUCCCCAACAUCACGCUGGGGGCCCGGAUCUUGGACACCUGCUCCAGGGACACCUACGCCCUCGAACAGUCGCUCACCUUUGUUCAGGCGCUGAUCCAGAAGGACACGUCGGACAUUCGUUGCUCCAACGGCGAGCCACCCCUCAUUCGAAAACCGGAGAAGGUGGUGGGCGUGAUCGGAGCGUCGGCCAGCUCCGUGUCCAUCAUGGUGGCCAACAUCCUGCGCCUGUUUGAGAUACCUCAGGUGAGCUACGCCUCUACGGCUCCGGAGCUCAGCGACAACAACCGCUACGACUUCUUCUCGCGGGUGGUUCCUCCGGACUCGUACCAGGCUCAGGCCAUGCUGGACAUCGUCAAAGCUCUGGGCUGGAACUACGUCUCUACACUGGCCUCAGAGGGGAACUAUGGAGAGAGUGGAGUGGAGGCCUUCAUGCAGAUCUCCAGAGAGGCUGGUGGGGUGUGCAUUGCUCAGUCCGUGAAGAUUCCUCGGGAGCCGACUGCUGGGGAGUUUGAUAAGAUCAUCAAACGCCUGAUGGAGACGAGUAACGCCAGAGGAGUGAUCAUCUUUGCCAACGAGGACGACAUCAAGCGUGUUCUUGAAGCGGCGAGGCAGGCUAACCUGACGGGACACUUCCUGUUUGUUGGGUCGGACAGCUGGGGAGCCAAAAGCUCACCAAUCGCGGAGCUGGAAGACGUUGCAGAGGGAGCUGUUACCAUCCUGCCCAAGCGGGCCUCCAUUGACGGCUUCGAUCAGUACUUCAUGUCUCGCUCAUUGGAGAACAACCGCAGGAACAUCUGGUUUGCUGAGUUCUGGGAGGACGACUUCAGGUGCAAACUGACCCAUCCUGGGUUGAAACUGGACCCAGACAAGAAGAAAUGCACAGGAGGGGAGCGGAUUGGCCGGGACUCCUCCUACGAGCAGGAAGGAAAGGUCCAGUUUGUGAUCGAUGCAGUCUACGCCGUUGCUUAUGCUUUACACAAUAUGCACCAGGACCUGUGUCCCAACAGCUACGGGGUCUGCAGCAGCAUGGACCCUGUGGAGGGACGCCUGCUUCUGGACUACAUCAGAGCCGUCAACUUCAAUGGAAGUGCAGGAACGAGUGUUCUGUUCAACGAAAAUGGAGAUGCUCCUGGACGCUACGACAUUUUCCAGUUUCAGAUGACCAACCACAGCCACCCCGGUUACCACGUCAUCGGCCAAUGGACCAAUAACCUGAGACUCAAUCUGGAGGAGAUGCAGUGGUCUGGAGGAGACAAAACCGUUCCAGAGUCCAUCUGUAGCUUCCCCUGUAAGCCCGGAGAGAGGAAGAAGAUGGUGAAGGGAGUUCCCUGCUGCUGGCACUGUGAGCUCUGUGAUGGAUACCAGUACCAACUGGAUGAGUUCACCUGUGAGACCUGUCCAAAGGACAUGCGCCCCGUCCCCAACAGAACGGCCUGUUGUCCGACGCCCAUCAUCAAGCUGGAGUGGAACUCUCCCUGGGCUUUAGUGCCCGCCUCCCUCGCCAUGCUCGGUAUCCUAGCAACCAGUGCUGUGGUGAUAACAUUUAUUCGCUUUAACGACACACCGAUUGUCAGGGCGUCAGGGAGAGAGCUGAGCUACGUCCUCCUAACAGGUAUCUUUCUGAUCUACCUGAUAACCUUCCUGAUGAUCGCAGAGCCAGGUGCGGUGGUGUGCGCAUUCCGGCGCCUCCUGCUGGGCCUUGGCAUGGCCAUCACUUACUCCGCCAUGUUGACUAAAACCAACCGCAUUUACAGGAUCUUUGAACAGGGCAAGAAGUCGGUGACUCCUCCCAAAUUCAUAAGCCCCACCUCUCAACUUGUCAUCACAUUUAUCCUCAUUUCUGUCCAGGUUCUUGGCGUAUUUGUUUGGUUCGGUGUAGUUCCUCCUCACACCAUUAUCGACUACGAGGAGCUCCGCCCACCAAACCCAGAUCUGGCCCGGGGCAUCCUGAAGUGCGACAUGUCGGACCUGUCCAUCAUCUGCUGCCUCAGCUACAGCAUCGUCCUCAUGGUAACCUGUACGGUUUACGCGGUGAAGAGUCGAGGAGUUCCAGAAACGUUCAACGAGGCAAAGCCCAUCGGCUUCACCAUGUACACCACCUGCAUCGUCUGGCUUGCUUUCGUUCCCAUCUUCUUUGGUACUGCUCAGUCCACUGAGAAGAUGUUCAUCCAGACGGCCACUCUGACCGUCUCCAUGUCCAUGAGUGCUUCCGUCUCCCUGGGAAUGCUGUACAUGCCCAAAGUUUACGUCAUCAUCUUCCAUCCAGAGCAGAACGUCCAGAAGAGGAAGAGGAGCUUCAAGGCUGUGGUCCAGGCAGCGACGCGGACGGACAACCAGAACGGAGACACCAAGAUCGAACCCGACAGAAGCCAGUGAUCCAACCAUCGAAGGAAGUUCAGCAGCUCUGGUCCAACAUGUCCUCCCUGUCUCCUGACAACCAGAGAUCACAUCCUGAAGCUCAGCAGAACGUCUCAAACAUCAACUCUUCAUUAUUUGGUUCCUUCUUCCUCCAGAUACAGAAUCCCAG